UGACUUAAUUUCUCACGUACGAAACCCCUGCACAUUGUUUCUCCAGGCCCAUAGGUCAGCACAUGUGCAUACGUAGCUGGGCAGGCACUGUGCGCAUUGGAACGAGAGCAAUGAGCAGCCAUAUGAAACACGUUGUGGAAAGAAAACCCAUUCUAACACCAGAGGAGAAACGAGAAUUUGAGGGCUAUGAAUUCCCCUUCGAGAACCUGGCUUUCCAGGGAGGUGGCAGUAAAGGACUGGCGUAUGUUGGGACAUUCAGGGUUCUUGAAGAGGUCGGAAUCGCCAAAAACCUGAGGAGGUUUUCGGGCACCAGUAUCGGAGCCAUGAUGGCAAUGUUCGCUGCUCUUGGUUUAGACUCGUUUGAAAUGGAAGAACAAACAUCUUUUGACUUUAAGACUCUGGUAAAUGAUGGCCGAUUCGGUUAUGUUGGUGCGGGUAUUAAUCUCUACCGAAAGAUGGGCGCCUGCCCCGCCCACAAGCUGGUCAAGUUUUUUCGUGAACGGAUUGAGAGCAAAUUUGGGAACCCAGAUUUGACAUUCAAGCAGCUGUACCGAGAGAGUGGGCGGGAACUGUGUCUUACUGCCGUGUCAUUAAAUCGAUUACAAGCUGAAUAUCUGCACGUGAAGACGACACCGGACUUACCGAUAUGGCUAGGUCUACGGGGAGCGGUGACUGUGCCGGCUCUAAUGAUGCCCAUCAAGUACAAAGUCAUGUCAAAGGAGGAUGACAUUUUCGUGGAUGGGGGUGUGAUUCACAAUUACCCAGUAGCCUGCUUCGAUGGUUGGUACUUGUCUAUGGACAAGGCAGACAGUUUUCUUCGUCGCUUUCGUGAUGUGUUGAGCCUUCGCGACCAGUUUGCUGGUUUCAAUGAAAAAUCUAUCGGAGCAGUUGUGUAUUCCGAAGACGAGUCCGAGUCAUUUAAGGUUGCAUUGGAAGAACGAGCCUGUAAAAACAAGAAGACAGGGGAUGCUGUCCCCAUACCGGACACCAAACGAAGCAGGAAAAAGGCACAGUCUAAUGACGAGAAAAUGAAACUGCACGUGAGUUCCAAGCAAGCACUGACCAAGCUUGUUGAACUUCUUGGGAGUUACGACAAGGACGAGAGUGGAACGAUCUCAAAACAAGAAUUCAAAGACUCUCUAGAAGACGCUACUGACAUGGCUUUUUCAGACGACGACGCCAAGCUCCUGUUUGGCAGCGACUCUAAAAACCCGGACGCCAUUUUUGAUCUUCUGGAUAUCAAUGGGAAUGGAGAGAUUGAGUUCGAUGAGUUGCUGGCGUUUGCCGAGAAGAGAGGCGUAGAUUUGAUGGAAGAACUCCGAGGGUUUGAGCGAUUGGCGGAUUUCGAUCACGUGAUGGGCCUGCUGUCAGCUCUCUUGAGUACAUUAGUUAUCAAUGCCAAUCGCAUGUCGAUCAAGGCUGACGAUAUUGAUCGCACGAUUGGAAUCAACACCGGAUACAUCGGAAGCACCGAUUUUCCUAUGGAAUCCGAAGACAGGGAUUACAUCAUUCAGAACGGCAAAGUAGGAACCGUAUAUUUCCUCCGUGAGUACAUCAAGAAGCACAACUUACAGAAGAAGGCUGAAACGAACAGUGGUGAUGCUGCAGAAAGCAAUGACGUCACUGAUGUCGCAACUCCUUCAGAAUAAGACGUCAAUACCGUCAUAUUUUUAUGCUGAAUAGGCUGAGCUGUCUCGAUUCUACACUGUAGAAAGCCCCAAGUCAGAAUCGACCCAGAAUCCGGGUCCUAUGGGGCCUGACAUUUUUCCGGUUCAAAAUGACACUUUUCCGGUUCAAAAUGACACUUUCUCGGGUCAAAGUGACACUUUUCCGGGUCAAAAUGACACUUUCAGGGUCCUAAUUACACUUUACGGGUCCAAAUUAUACUUUACAGGUCCAAAUUACACUUUACGGGUCAAUAUUACAUUUUCCGGGUCAAAUUACAC